GUUUUGAGUUGUGCUUCGCGACGGUUGUGGAUCUUUUAAUACUGCUCUACGAAUACGAAUAAUAUGUACAUAUAAAUGUACAUAUAAAAACGACUUUGCCCAAUUGAGCAUCUAACCGAAUAAAGUCUCUUCUCUCUAUCUAUCUAAGCGUUUUUUGCUGUCUGUGUCUGUGUCUCUGUGUGUGUGUGUUUAUUUGUUAAGCUUUUUUAACGCUCACGCUCCCCGCUCACAUAUUCAAGUGUCGCACUCUGUGUGGUUUUUGUUUUUUAAAUGUAGUGCCAAAACCAGCCGAUAAUUGUGAUUAAUUACAAACGAAACGCAUACGAAACAAAAAAAAGAAACAAACAAAUAAAAAGUAGAGUAGCAUAAAAAUAUUACUCAAUUCAACGCACAUAGUCAGUGAUUACCUCAUCUGUGUGAAAAUCAAGCCAACAGCAAAAUGGUAUCAAAAAGCAAUAAAAAGAAACAAGUGUCGCACUCGUCGCAGUCGCAGUCGCCAUCGCAGUCAACGCAGCCGCCAGCAGACAGAUCAAGCACAACAACAUCAACAUCGGCCUCGGCGACCAAAUUAACCAAAAAACUUGGCCCGAAUGCGUUGGCAACGCUAACGACAAACACCAGCUCAACAUCAAUGGAGCAUGAAUCUGUCUCUUUUGGUGCGCCAACUGUGACUGCGACUGCGCCCAGCACUUCAGCUGGGGGUCAGUUGACGCAGGGGGAAAGUCUGGUGACAGCAGCCGGUGGAAAGAGCUACACUUCCAGCUCAUACACAGCUAAAUCUCAGUCAAAGUCCGAGCAGUCGGAAGCAGUCUUUAGCAGCAGCAGCAGCAGCAACAAGUUCUCCAAAGACUACUCAAAUGAGAAGAUCAUAUCAUCGAUCGAUCUGCUCGAAAGUGAGAAAAAGGAACCGGUCUUCUCCGUGCCCAUCGAGGUGGUUGAGAUUGUAGCUCCUGGCGGCAGCAGCAGCGGCGGCCUCUUAAUGUCCGCCAGUGGUGGCAGCAUAUCCAAAAUGUAUGCAUCGACAUCGAAAAUGUCGAGCAGCAGCAGCCGCCAGGAGGCGAGCAACUCCAGUUACUUUGAGUCGACAACAACCAGUUCCAGUCAACAGCAGCAGCAGCAACGCAACGCUAACGAAACGCUCAUUGCAAGCGAGAGAGCAGACGGUAUGACAUCAUCUUCGUCGCUGUCGAGCAACAAAUAUAUGCUUGAUGUUGCCGAACAGGUUGUCAGCGGUAGCAGCAACCUCAACACCAGCACCAUUAACACCAACAUUAACAAACACAGCACAAACACCAACACCAAUAUCAUCAGCAGCAGCGGCGAAUCUCAGAGCGUGCCAAAGUCCGUUGUUGCUGCUGAUUCGUCAUCAACUAAAACGUUGACAACAACGAUGACGUCGCCGGGCGAACCGGUCGCAACCACAACAAAGCCAACUACGACGUCAUCAACGUUGCGGGACAGCAGCACAGCUGUUAGCUUUGACGUGGACAAAGUCGCAACGUCAUCAGCAACAGCAACGACAACAACAGCGAAAACAGCCAGCAGCAAGCAGCAGGUCAACGAGAGCCGCAGCAGCAGCAGCACAAAACAGUCGACAUCGUCCACAUCGAAAAAGGAGGUGUACGAUGUGAAGACGAAGACUUGGAGCGAGUUUAGCGAUGGCAGCACACAUGCCACAAACAAAAAGACGCCGACCAUUGAGCGAUAUGUUAGCAGAGAUUCGGAUGGCACCACGAAAAUAACAUACAAAAAGAAGAUAUACGAUAGACGCAACAAUCGGUGGCGUGUGGUGGAUGAGCGCAUUGUGGAUAGUAAUUCUGAUGUUGGCUAUCCUGAAAUAGUCGAUGAUGUCAUUAAUACAACAACCACAACGUACACGACCAAGGUGUAUGACACGAAGCUCGGCAAAUGGACGGUCGUCGACGAGAAAUCGUACACAGAUACGAAAGCUUUUGUGCCGAAUGACAUUGCUCGUGAAAUCGAGAAAGAUAAUACCGAUGUGGCAAAUAUAACGACCACCACAGAAGUAACAAAGAUAUUCGAUGCGAGCAUUAAUGACUGGCGAGUUCUCGAUGAGAAGGUCCAUACGGAUGUUAUUGAGAAAAUUGUGGAGGCACCCAAGAAGACAAUAUAUGUGGACGAGUUUGUGGAAAUUGAAAAGAAUACAUCCAUUUCAGAGAACAAUGAAAAUAUCACAUUGAAUCUGAAUGAAACAUCGAAACACAAAAAUAUCACAGAGAAUAUUUAUGAUGAAAUCGAUAAUGUACGCACUGAUAAGAAACGCUUAGACGAUUCAAGAACCCGCGGAGUCGACAGUAAAAACAAAAGAACAACACAACACAGUGAGAGAUGUAUUUGUGAAAUAUGUACUUGCGGGCGUCAUCAUUGCUCCACUAGCGCAACGAAAACUACAGAAACUACAGUUGUUGAAAUAGAUGAUAACGUCGACGAAACUUACACAAGGAUACGGACUAACACUUGGUCUAAGAACGAUGAUAACAUUCCAAAAAAAAAUGAAGACAUAUUUGUAGAUUACAUAGUCAUAAAGAAACCCGAAGACAAUCUUACAGUCGGAGGCGACUUUUUAGUUCCACAGAAAGAGCCAUACAAACCAGGCGAAAAACGUGAAAAAAUUAUACACACAGACAAUUUACGUAUGGACGGUGAAAUGACUUUUGUGGAAAAAGAAGAAUAUCAAUACGUUGUCCGUCCUGGAUACGUAAAGCCCACGGACAACCUGAAGCCAGAGGGUGAAUUCUACAGCCCCCAAAAACCCAAAUAUCAGCCUGGUGACCGCCCAAGUCAAGUGCGACAUCCAGACAAUUUAAAACCAGAAGGAGAGUUUUACGGACCCGAAAAAACCGAAUUCCGUCCUGCAGAGCGCCCAUCUCAAGUAAGGCCUGAAGAUAACUUAAGACCCGAAGGCGAAUUCUAUACUCCAGAUAAGCCAGGCUUUAGGCCAGCAGAGCGUCCAGUUCAAAAGAAACCAGUAGACAACUUGAAGCCUGAAGGAGACUUUGUUGCACCUGAAAAGCAAGUUUUCCGGCCAGCAGAGAAAAAUGAAAGGAUUAUCAGAAAGGAUAACUUGCGAACCGAAGGUGAAAUGACAUUUAUGGAGAAGGAAGAGUAUCAAUAUGUGGUUCGCCCCGGGCAAGUUAAGCCCACGGAUAACCUCAAACCUGAAGGUGAAUUCUACAGCCCCGAAAAACAAAAGUAUAGGCCAGGCGAACGUCCAUCUCAAGUCAGACCAGAAGAUAACCUGAGACCCGAGGGUGAAUUCUACACUCCAGAUAAACCAGGAUAUAAACCAGCAGAACGUCCAGUUCAAAAGGUACCAGUAGAUAACCUACGUCCAGAAGGAGACUUCUAUAGUCCCGAAAAGCCGAAAUAUCAACCUGGUGAACGUCCAUCUCAAGUCAGACCAGAAGAUAACCUGAGACCAGAGGGUGAAUUCUACACUCCAGAUAAACCAGGCUUUAGGCCAGCAGAGCGUCCAGUUCAAAAGAAACCAGUGGACAACUUGAAGCCUGAAGGAGACUUCUACAGUCCCGAAAAACCGAAAUAUCAACCUGGUGAACGUCCGUCUCAAGUCAGACCAGAAGAUAAUCUGAGAUCCGAAGGUGAAUUCUACACUCCAGAUAAACCAGGAUAUAGACCCGCAGAACGUCCAGUUCAAAAGGUACCAAAAGAUAACCUACGUCCAGAAGGAGACUUCUAUAGUCCCGAAAAGCCGAAAUAUCAACCUGGUGAACGUCCAUCUCAAGUCAGACCAGAAGAUAACCUGAGACCAGAGGGUGAAUUCUACACUCCAGAUAAACCAGGCUUUAGGCCAGCAGAGCGUCCAGUUCAAAAGAAACCAGUGGACAACUUGAAGCCUGAAGGAGACUUUGUUGCACCUGAAAAGCAAGUUUUCCGUCCGGCAGAGAAAAAUGAAAGGAUCAUCAGAAAGGAUAACUUGCGAACCGAAGGUGAAAUGACAUUUGUGGAGAAGGAAGAGUAUCAAUAUGUGGUUCGCCCCGAGCAGGUUAAGCCAACAGAUAAUCUCAAACCAGAAGGUGAAUUCUAUAGUCCUGAAAAACAAAAGUAUAGACCAGGUGAACGUCCAUCUCAAGUAAGACCAGAAGAUAACCUGCGACCCGAGGGUGAAUUCUACACUCCAGAUAAACCAGGCUUUAGGCCAGCAGAGCGUCCAGUUCAAAAGAAACCAGAAGACAAUUUGCGUCCAGAAGGAGACUUCUACAGUCCCGAAAAGCCGAAAUAUCAACCUGGUGAACGUCCAUCUCAAGUCAGACCAGAAGAUAACCUGAGACCUGAGGGUGAAUUCUACACUCCAGAUAAACCAGGCUUUAGGCCAGCAGAGCGUCCAGUUCAAAAGAAACCAGAAGACAAUUUGCGCCCAGAAGGAGACUUCUACAGUCCCGAAAAGCCGAAGUAUCAGCCUGGUGAACGUCCGUCUCAAGUUAGACCAGAAGAUAAUCUGAGACCCGAAGGCGAAUUCUAUACUCCAGAUAAACCAGGAUAUCGUCCCGCAGAGCGUCCAGUUCAAAAGAAACCAGUAGACAACUUGAAGCCUGAAGGAGACUUUGUUGCACCUGAAAAGCAAGUUUUCCGUCCAGCAGAGAAAAAUGAAAGGAUCAUCAGAAAGGAUAACUUGCGAACCGAAGGUGAAAUGACAUUUGUGGAGAAGGAAGAGUAUCAAUAUGUGGUUCGCCCCGAGCAGGUUAAGCCAACGGAUAAUCUCAAACCUGAAGGUGAAUUUUACAGUCCCGAAAAGCCGAAAUAUCAGCCUGGAGAACGUCCGUCUCAAGUCAGACCAGAAGAUAACCUGAGACCCGAAGGUGAAUUCUACACUCCAGAUAAACCAGGAUAUCGUCCCGCAGAGCGUCCAGUUCAAAAGAAACCUGAAGACAAUUUGCGUCCAGAAGGAGACUUCUACAGUCCCGAAAAGCCGAAAUAUCAACCUGGUGAACGUCCGUCUCAAGUCAGACCAGAAGAUAACCUGAGACCUGAGGGUGAAUUCUACACUCCAGAUAAACCAGGCUUUAGGCCAGCAGAGCGUCCAGUUCAAAAGAAACCAGAAGACAAUUUGCGUCCAGAAGGAGACUUCUACAGUCCCGAAAAGCCGAAGUAUCAACCUGGUGAACGUCCGUCUCAAGUUAGACCAGAAGAUAACCUGAGACCAGAAGGCGAGUUCUACACUCCAGAUAAACCAGGAUAUCGUCCCGCAGAGCGUCCAGUUCAAAAGAAACCAGUAGACAACUUGAAGCCUGAAGGAGAGUUUGUUGCACCUGAAAAGCAAGUUUUCCGUCCAGCAGAGAAAAAUGAAAGGAUCAUCAGAAAGGAUAACUUGCGAACCGAAGGUGAAAUGACAUUUGUGGAGAAGGAAGAGUAUCAAUAUGUGGUUCGCCCCGAGCAGGUUAAGCCAACGGAUAAUCUCAAACCUGAAGGUGAAUUUUACAGUCCCGAAAAGCCGAAGUAUCAGCCUGGAGAACGUCCGUCUCAAGUCAGACCAGAAGAUAACCUGAGACCCGAAGGUGAAUUCUACACUCCAGAUAAACCAGGAUAUCGUCCCGCAGAGCGUCCAGUUCAAAAGAAACCUGAAGACAAUUUGCGUCCAGAAGGAGACUUCUACAGUCCCGAAAAGCCGAAAUAUCAACCUGGUGAACGUCCGUCUCAAGUCAGACCAGAAGAUAACCUGAGACCUGAGGGUGAAUUCUACACUCCAGAUAAACCAGGCUUUAGGCCAGCAGAGCGUCCAGUUCAAAAGAAACCAGAAGACAAUUUGCGUCCAGAAGGAGACUUCUACAGUCCCGAAAAGCCGAAGUAUCAACCUGGUGAACGUCCGUCUCAAGUUAGACCAGAAGAUAACCUGAGACCAGAAGGCGAGUUCUACACUCCAGAUAAACCAGGAUAUCGUCCCGCAGAGCGUCCAGUUCAAAAGAAACCAGUAGACAACUUGAAGCCUGAAGGAGACUUUGUUGCACCUGAAAAGCAAGUUUUCCGUCCAGCAGAGAAAAAUGAAAGGAUCAUCAGAAAGGAUAACUUGCGAACAGAAGGAGAAAUGACAUUUGUGGAGAAGGAAGAGUAUCAAUAUGUAGUUCGCCCCGAGCAGGUUAAGCCAACGGAUAAUCUCAAACCUGAAGGUGAAUUUUACAGUCCCGAAAAGCCGAAGUAUCAGCCUGGAGAACGUCCGUCUCAAGUCAGACCAGAAGAUAACCUGAGACCCGAAGGUGAAUUCUACACUCCAGAUAAACCAGGAUAUCGUCCCGCAGAGCGUCCAGUUCAAAAGAAACCUGAAGACAAUUUGCGUCCAGAAGGAGACUUCUACAGUCCCGAAAAGCCGAAAUAUCAACCUGGUGAACGUCCGUCUCAAGUCAGACCAGAAGAUAACCUGAGACCUGAGGGUGAAUUCUACACUCCAGAUAAACCAGGCUUUAGGCCAGCAGAGCGUCCAGUUCAAAAGAAACCAGAAGACAAUUUGCGUCCAGAAGGAGACUUCUACACUCCCGAAAAGCCGAUGUAUCAGCCUGGUGAACGUCCGUCUCAAGUUAGACCAGAAGAUAACCUGAGACCAGAAGGCGAGUUCUACACUCCAGAUAAACCAGGAUAUCGUCCCGCAGAGCGUCCAGUUCAAAAGAAACCAGUAGACAACUUGAAGCCUGAAGGAGACUUUGUUGCACCUGAGAAGCAAGUUUUCCGUCCGGCAGAGAAAAAUGAAAGGAUCAUCAGAAAGGAUAACUUGCGAACCGAAGGUGAAAUGACAUUUGUGGAGAAGGAAGAGUAUCAAUAUGUGGUUCGCCCCGAGCAGGUUAAGCCAACAGAUAAUCUCAAACCUGAAGGUGAAUUUUACAGUCCCGAAAAGCCGAAAUAUCAACCUGGUGAACGUCCGUCUCAAGUCAGACCAGAAGAUAACCUGAGACCUGAGGGUGAAUUCUACACUCCAGAUAAACCAGGCUUUAGGCCAGCAGAGCGUCCAGUUCAAAAGAAACCAGAAGACAAUUUGCGUCCAGAAGGAGACUUCUACAGUCCCGAAAAGCCGAAGUAUCAACCUGGUGAACGUCCGUCUCAAGUUAGACCAGAAGAUAACCUGAGACCAGAAGGCGAGUUCUACACUCCAGAUAAACCAGGAUAUCGUCCCGCAGAGCGUCCAGUUCAAAAGAAACCAGUAGACAACUUGAAGCCUGAAGGAGACUUUGUUGCACCUGAAAAGCAAGUUUUCCGUCCAGCAGAGAAAAAUGAAAGGAUCAUCAGAAAGGAUAACUUGCGAACCGAAGGUGAAAUGACAUUUGUGGAGAAGGAAGAGUAUCAAUAUGUGGUUCGCCCCGAGCAGGUUAAGCCAACAGAUAAUCUCAAACCUGAAGGUGAAUUUUACAGUCCCGAAAAGCCGAAGUAUCAGCCUGGAGAACGUCCGUCUCAAGUCAGACCAGAAGAUAACCUGAGACCCGAAGGUGAAUUCUACACUCCAGAUAAACCAGGAUAUCGCCCCGCAGAGCGUCCAGUUCAAAAGAAACCAGAAGACAAUUUGCGUCCAGAAGGAGACUUCUACAGUCCCGAAAAGCCGAAGUAUCAACCUGGUGAACGUCCGUCUCAAGUUAGACCAGAAGAUAACCUGAGACCAGAAGGCGAGUUCUACACUCCAGAUAAACCAGGAUAUCGUCCCGCAGAGCGUCCAGUUCAAAAGAAACCAGUAGACAACUUGAAGCCUGAAGGAGACUUUGUUGCACCUGAAAAGCAAGUUUUCCGUCCGGCAGAGAAAAAUGAAAGGAUCAUCAGAAAGGAUAACUUGCGAAGCGAAGGUGAAAUGACAUUUGUGGAGAAGGAAGAGUAUCAAUAUGUGGUUCGCCCCGAGCAGGUUAAGCCAACAGAUAAUCUCAAACCUGAAGGUGAAUUUUACAGUCCCGAAAAGCCGAAGUAUCAGCCUGGAGAACGUCCGUCUCAAGUCAGACCAGAAGAUAACCUGAGACCAGAGGGUGAAUUCUACACUCCAGAUAAACCAGGCUUCAGGCCAGCAGAGCGUCCAGUUCAAAAGAAACCAGAAGACAAUUUGCGUCCAGAAGGAGACUUCUACAGCCCCGAAAAGCCGAAGUAUCAACCUGGUGAACGUCCAUCUCAAGUUAGACCAGAAGAUAACCUGCGACCAGAAGGCGAGUUCUACACUCCAGAUAAACCAGGAUAUCGUCCCGCAGAGCGUCCAGUUCAAAAGAAACCAGUAGACAACUUGAAGCCUGAAGGAGAGUUUGUUGCACCUGAAAAGCAAGUUUUCCGUCCGGCAGAGAAAAAUGAAAGGAUCAUCAGAAAGGAUAACUUGCGAACCGAAGGUGAAAUGACAUUUGUGGAGAAGGAAGAGUAUCAAUAUGUGGUUCGCCCCGAGCAGGUUAAGCCAACGGAUAAUCUCAAACCUGAAGGUGAAUUUUACAGUCCCGAAAAGCCGAAGUAUCAGCCUGGAGAACGUCCGUCUCAAGUCAGACCAGAAGAUAACCUGAGACCCGAAGGUGAAUUCUACACUCCAGAUAAACCAGGCUUUAGGCCAGCAGAGCGUCCAGUUCAAAAGAAACCAGAAGACAAUUUGCGUCCAGAAGGAGACUUCUACAGUCCCGAAAAGCCGAAAUAUCAACCUGGUGAACGUCCAUCUCAAGUCAGACCAGAAGAUAAUCUAAGGCCCGAAGGUGAAUUCUACACUCCAGAUAAACCAGGCUUUAGGCCAGCAGAGCGUCCAGUUCAAAAGAAACCUGAAGACAAUUUGCGUCCAGAAGGAGACUUCUACAGUCCUGAAAAGCCGAAGUAUCAACCUGGUGAACGUCCAUCUCAAGUCAGACCAGAAGAUAACCUGAGACCAGAGGGUGAAUUCUACACUCCAGAUAAACCAGGCUUUAGGCCAGCAGAGCGUCCAGUUCAAAAGAAACCAGAAGACAAUUUGCGUCCAGAAGGAGACUUCUACAGUCCCGAAAAGCCGAAGUAUCAACCUGGUGAACGUCCGUCUCAAGUUAGACCAGAAGAUAACCUGAGACCAGAGGGCGAAUUCUACACUCCAGAUAAACCAGGCUUUAGGCCAGCAGAGCGUCCAGUUCAAAAGAAACCAGAAGACAAUCUGCGUCCAGAGGGAGACUUCUACAGUCCCGAAAAGCCGAAGUAUCAACCUGGUGAACGUCCAUCUCAAGUCAGACCAGAAGAUAACCUGAGACCAGAAGGCGAAUUCUACACUCCAGAUAAACCAGGAUAUCGUCCCGCAGAGCGUCCAGUUCAAAAGAAACCAGUAGACAACUUGAAGCCUGAAGGAGACUUUGUUGCACCUGAAAAGCAAGUUUUCCGUCCAGCAGAGAAAAAUGAAAGGAUCAUCAGAAAGGAUAACUUGCGAACCGAAGGUGAAAUGACAUUUGUGGAGAAGGAAGAGUAUCAAUAUGUGGUUCGCCCCGAGCAGGUUAAGCCAACAGAUAAUCUCAAACCUGAAGGUGAAUUUUACAGUCCCGAAAAACAAAAGUAUAGACCAGGUGAACGUCCAUCUCAAGUCAGACCAGAAGACAACUUGAGACCCGAGGGUGAAUUCUAUACUCCAGAUAAACCAGGCUUUAGGCCAGCAGAGCGUCCAGUUCAGAAGAAGCCAGUAGACAAUUUAAAGCCUGAAGGAGACUUUGUUGCACCUGAAAAGCAAGUAUUCCGUCCAGCAGAGAAAAAUGAAAGGAUCAUCAGAAAGGAUAACUUGCGAACCGAAGGUGAAAUGACAUUUGUGGAGAAGAAAGAGUAUCAAUAUGUGGUUCGCCCCGAGCAGGUUAAGCCAACAGAUAAUCUCAAGCCUGAAGGUGAAUUCUAUAGUCCUGAAAAACAAAAGUAUAGACCAGGUGAACGUCCAUCUCAAGUCAGACCAGAAGACAACUUGAGACCCGAGGGUGAAUUCUAUACUCCAGAUAAACCAGGCUUUAGGCCAGCAGAGCGUCCAGUUCAGAAGAAGCCAGUGGACAAUCUCAAACCGGAAGGGGAGUUUGUUUCCCCCGAAAAGAAAGUUUUCCGGCCUGCAGAGAAAAAUGAAAGAAUCAUCAGAAAGGAUAACUUGCGAACUGAGGGUGAAAUGACGUUUGUGGAGAAGAAAGAGUAUCAAUACGUCAUUCGCCCUGAACAGGUUAGACCAAUAGAUAAUCUUAAGCCCGAAGGCGAAUUUUAUAGUCCAGAGAAGCCGAAGUUCCGCCCAGGUGAGCGGCCAUCUCAAGUCAGGCCAGAGGAUAACUUGAAACCUGAGGGUGAGUUUUACACUCCUGAGAAACCUGGCUUUAAGCCUGUUGAACGACCCAAACAGAAGAGACCUCAGGAUAAUCUGAAGCCUCUGGAAGGUGUUAUGUAUACUCCAGAAAAGCAGAAAUUCCAGCCAGCAGAUCGGCCUGAACAAAAGAGACAUGUUGACAAUUUAAAACCUGAAGGUCAAAUGUACAUUCCAGAAAAGGAAUCAUUUAAGCCAGCGGAAAAGGUUAAGACUGUCAUAAGAAAAGACAACCUUAAGACCGAGGGUACAAUGACAUUUACGAAAAAGGAGGAAUAUCAUCAUGUCAAGCGACCAGAACAGGUGAAGCCAAGCGAUAACUUGAAGACCGAAGGACCAUUCUAUGCACCCGAAAAACCCAAAUUUAAACCAGCGGAACGUCCGACCCAAAAGAAACCCAAGGAUAACUUAAAGCCAGAAGGUGAAUUCUAUAAGAGAACUGAUAGAACCGAUAGAACCGAAACAGACAGCACUACGAUAAUAGAGAGCGCUAGAAGAGAGCCAGUGAAGCGACCGGUGGAUAAUUUAAAACUUGAAGGUUCCAUGACGGUGACAAGAAAGGAUGAUUACAAGACAACAACGAAUAAGACUGCCGUCGAUAGAGUUCAGCGUACACAAAAAUACAAGCAUAAUAGCUCCACCAUCAAUUUGGGAACUGAUACUUCAAUUCUGAAAACAACAAACCAGAUGAACUUUGUAUCGGGCAAGGACGCAAUUAAGCAAGUGGAUUCUGAUAGCCAAAAUCCAGUCGAUGGCUUAAUAAUUGUUUCAACGAAAAAGGUGACAACAGUUGUCGGUGGUCGGACUAAAAAGGAGCCGGAAACGGAAUAUGUGAAACGACCAGCUAAGAUAAAUGUUAUUGAAAAUGUAUCCAAAAAUACGACGACUACAAACAUCGAAAACACUAAAAACAUACAUAAGGAAUCAUCAUCUAUGCAAAGAAAUCUCAAUGUGGUGGAAAGGACUGCUGUAAACACUGAACAGAUAAGAGGUUCAACAGAUGACAGCAGAGCUCUGGAGACCUCCACCACAACCAGAAGGAAUCAAAAUGGCACCGUAACUAGCAAUGUGACGGGAUCGGGUGGCUCAACAUCCCACAUUGUCUCAAGCAGUACAGUUACCAGUAAGGUCAACGGUGAUACAACACUUCAUGGUCGUUCAACGACCGAUAAUGUGACUAAUGGCAGUUCAACAUCUCAUGUGGUAGGUGGACGUACCGUGGCCGACAAUGUGUCCGCCGGCAGUACAACGACUCGUGUGGUCGGUGGUAGUUCAAUACAAACCAAUUUAAGUAAUGUGACAGGCAGCUCCACUUCCCAAAUGAGCUCAUCCAAGCAUUUCCAUCACAGGAAGAGCGAGUUUUCAUCGGAAGCGGAUGUGUCCAACACCAUAUUCCAUCGCAAGAAUGUUUCAAAUGACUCGAGUGCUGUCAACAGUAGCCUGACAUCAACUGGCAAGAUGCAACGCAAGAGUAUCCUCAAUCUACACGAGCAGCCAUCGAGCACCAGUGCUCAUUCGAAUGAUCGCCAGAGUUACAGCAGCAUUCAUCGCCAGAAUCGGGAAUCGGACUUGAGUGCAGGUUAUUCCACGGAGCGUCGCAGUUGCAGCAUCCACAAGGAAAAUAAGGAACAUCAAGUGAAAACCUCUUCAUCUACUUCAUCCAUGUCGCGCAUUAUUUCGGGUGGCACUGACACCGCCAAUAAUGCCAAUAGAUCGAAUCUAGAUAGGUCUACGGUUACACGCACCUAUGUGUCCGGUGGCAUCGAUUUCCCAUCCCAUUCACAAUCCCAAUCUCAGAGCGAGCGCCACAUGACGCGUCACCGUGGUGGCAGUGGUAGCCAACAUUUGUCGAGUGGCAUCGAUUUCUCCUCCUCUUCCCGCAAUGUCCAUGGCCAGAACGAACGUGUUAUGACUGCUCGUCGCGGCAAUCAAUCGUCGAUCAGCCUGGGCAACGAUAAGUUUACCGGUUCCAGUCUCUAUAAGAGCGAAUAUAUAACUGCCCCAACAACAACGUGUGCUGUGCAUAAAAUUAAACAAGGUGCAUUCCAACAUACCAGAAGUACACACGAUCAUAAGUUUUAUAAAUCCUCCAACUAACAUAUAAAAUCGUAUUUUUGUACGUUUCUUUUUUUUGUCGUGUCUUGUCUUCAUAUCAUAUCACAUAGUGCCUAAGAUUCCAUGACAAUAUUUUUUUAUACAAUAUCAACUUACCUAAACGAAAAACCAACAAUAUUAAUAAGAUUAACCAAUAAAUGCAUAUCAUUUUUUAAAAACAAA